CGCCAUCUUUGUCCUAACAACAGUAUUAACAACAACUGUCAAAAAGUAAGAAAACGUCAAAGAAAACUCAACGAAACGAAACGUACGAAAGAAAUGCCGAAAUUAUUCGAGUUUUUUUGAAUCGUACCAACGAGUUCGUCGCGUGAUAAGUGAAAGGUGCGGUUUUACUAAUCGAGUGCCGGUUGUCUUUCGUCGAAAUGUCGCUGUUCGGGUGUAUGUCGAUCGUCGUUCUCGAAUUGAUGUGAAAAGGGCCCGGAAAUAAUAAAAGAAAAAAUGUCUCACAUUGAGACGAAACUGAGGGCUCAACCUCGACUUGAUCCGAAAUGGCUUAAAACUGAUCUUCGCGCUGCGUUUGGAUCGCAACAAGGUCUAAGCGAGUUAUGGAAUGGGUUGGUUAGGGAUGGGGAAUUGACGGGGCCUUUUUCUGAUGGAUUAUUGAAUAGUGCGGGUGUUAUUUCUAGGAAAGGUGAACGGGGGAAAUAUUAUUGCGGAUUACGGGUUUUAACUUGCACAUGUUGUGAUGGAAUUUGUGGGCCACAAAGUGGAUGUAAUUGUCAACCAUGUAAAGGAUUAGAUGCUGAGGAAUCGUUAGGGAAGCAAGAUGCUAAAAAAGUACCACCAACACCGCAGUUUUUGUUGGAUUCUUGGACUUGGGGACCCCAGCCAACUCAUGAACAAUUAAAAUCAUUCAUAAUCAGCCUUAAUCAUGAACAAAAGCGUCUUUCUCUCGACGUUUCUUCAACUUGCCUAUCAUUAACUCGCCUUCAACAAAGGUUAACAAUCUUCCGACGUUAUUUUGAGGCGUUCAGUCGAGUGACAUCAAACGAAAAUAAACUGAAUGGGGCAGGAAGUAAGCGCCCGAGCGCAGCCGAACAACCGUCCACCCCAAAAAUUUCAUCUUUAAAACGCAAAAUAAUCGUAAAUGCAGAUCCUGCUUCAAGUCUUGCAAGGGUUGGAUCAAGAGCAGCUCUUAAUUUUUCAUUUGCAUUUUUAAAACGAGCUUGGAGGUUGGGUGAAGAUGUCGAUUUAUGCGGCGAGCUUUUAUCAGAAUCUCUUGAAGCUUUACAAUUACUUCCGGUUGCUAGCUUGUUUGAUGAGGGUCAAGUUUCGGCCGUUUGGCUUGAAGUUGUUGAUAGAUCAGUGAAGUUUUUAAGACAAGUUGUUACAGGAGAGAUAACAAAUAAUCGCCAAUUUUGUGAAGUUCCCCUUCAAGAUCAACACGUCUCUUUAAAUCUCCUUUUAGAGUUAGCUUUGCAAAAAGGAACGUUGAGCAGCGUUUUAGAUUGUGUACUUUUGCUGUUACAGUUGUGGGAGAAAAAAAAUUAUUCCAAUGAUAAUCGUUCGGUUUUGGUGUCAGUAACAGCUCCAAUAUUUUCGUUUCUUCGACGAUUUGAAGAGAUAUCACCUGAAAAACCUAUCGAUUCUAUGUUGGGCGAUGAAAAAAAUGAAUUGUUAAAUUGUAAUCAAUUACUAUUGAAGUAUUUGGAUGUCGCGGAAGUUGUUGAGGAGGAAAUUGACGUCCGUCAAGCGGCUGUGCUUUUAUUAGCUCAUUUGGAUCGAUUGGCAACACCACAUUUACCAUCACAAUCUUUUAAUAAGAUGAACGAAUGUAAUUCUCGAAAAGUAUGGGGUUGGGGUUGGUUAACCUGGAAACCGUCAAUAAUUCCCCAAGCGUUCGACACAAUCUCCGAUUUAAAUAUAAAACAGCUUUGUUGUUCCGAAACGAUCCUCUUAGCGCUAACACAUGACGGAAAAGUUUAUUUCGUUUAUUUCUCAUCCGAAUCGCCACCAUGUCCUCAGUUGAUCGAAACCCUUCAAGAUAAAGAAGUGAUUAAAAUAGCUGCACACACCGAAGGGAAACACUUUAUGGCUUUAACAAAAGAUUCUGCGGUUUAUUCCUGGGGAAAUGGUGAUGGCGGCCGUUUAGGUCACGGAGAUAACGCCUCGAAAGAUGAGCCGACCGUAAUUGAAGCAUUACGCGGAAAAGAUAUCAUUGAUGUUCAAUGUGGAGGUACAUACAGCGCUGCUAUUUCAACAUCCGGGAUUUUAUACACGUGGGGAAGAGGAAAUUUUGGACGUUUAGGACACGGAACAUCGGAAGAUUGCUUUUUACCAACAGCAGUGGCUGCGCUUCAAGAACACCGAGUGGUGAAAGUUGCUUGUGGUUCUGGAGAUGCGCAUACCGUGUGUAUUACAAGUCAGGGGAAUGUUUAUAGUUGGGGUGAUGGCGAUUAUGGAAAGUUGGGGAGAGGCGGUUCGGAUGGGUCGAAAAUUCCACGAUUAGUUGAGAGGCUUCAAAAUUUUAAUAUCACCGAAGUUUAUUGCGGGGGGCAAUUUAGCGUCGCGUUAUCAAGUGAGGGGAAGGUUUUUACGUGGGGUAAAGGCGAAGGGUGGAGAUUGGGACAUUUCACUGAUGAUCAUGUUAGGUAUCCCGAAUUAGUUGAAAGUUUAGAAGAUAAAAAGAUAGUGUCGAUAAGUUUGGGUUUUGGUCACGUUUUGGCUCUAUCGGAUGAAGGGGAAAUUUUCGGUUGGGGUAAAAACGAGCACAAACAAGUUUGCGACAGUCAAGAGUUGUAUGUGCAACAACCGAGGUUGAUUGGGUCGUUAAAGGGGCAGAAAGUAAUUGGGAUUUGUUGCGGUCCUGUUCAAAGUUUUGCGUGGUCCAAUGUUGCUCGUUCCAUUCCGCAAGUUCACAUUCCAUUUGUUAUGGAUCUCACAGAAAAUACAUUUAGGUUAUUAGAUCAAUUAUUAGAGGUCGUUUGCGAGAAUUCCAAUACAACAGGUUCGGUAGGAUUCCCAAUAAAUAGAGAUAAAGAAUGCAUAGCGGUUUCAACAUUAAAUCUACUACAUUUACAGCUUUAUUCAAUCAUAUCGAACGACAUCGACGUAAAAAUAAUCGGACUCGGUCCCGGAAGUAAACUUCUUGGGAGCAUAAAAUCUCGUGUUGUUUAUUUGGCCAGUUCUAUUGGGGUAUUAUCGACGGUCCAACAUGCUGCCCAAUCCACAUUACAAGCCGGAUGGAGUGUUUUGUUGCCAACAGCAAAUGAACGUGCCCAAACCUUAAGCUCUUUAUUACCAAAUGCUGGUCUAGAAGCAAGUAAUUUAACCGGUGGUCAAAGAUUCAUGACGAAUUUACUAGUUUGGAGUUUGAUGGCUGAUGGCGGAUUAGAAACGGCACUCUCAGAAGCUCUUAGAACUGAACUAAUGGAAAUAUCAGAGUCUGACGAUAAAUUUGAGUCGCGCGUCACUCAUACGAUGAUUCCGCUCCUUCAUCUCGUUAAGCAGCUACUAAGAAAUUCGAGUUCUUUGACUCGUUUAAGGUUGCAAGAGUUUCGCUCGUCGUCUAAGGUACCGACGACGACAGAAAAAAGCAGCAACUCGGUGACAACUCCAAGUUUGGAUUUGUUGAUACGUUUCCAACGGUUAUUGAUCGGGAAGAUUUAUUCUGACGAUGUUGGUUGCUUGAACGCCGCGGAGAGUUUAUUGAAAAAGUAUCUUUAUCAAGUCAGUUCCUAUAUUACGGACACGCUGAACGUCGCCUACGAAAUCGUUAUGGUUAAUCCAAAGAAUUAUUUGCAUGUUGUUCAUCUUUUGAAAGGAGAUGUUACAGAAAUACUUCUACCGGAACUAGUAGUUUCAUUAAUCCUUCUUCAACAACAAAAAAAUAAUUUUCUAAUCACCAUGGAUUGGUUAAAAGUGUUCGAUAAUUUAUUAGUAUCCCUCGAUAAACUUUGCAAGCUUUGCCCAGACAUCGAAGCUUUAGAUUCGGACGAUAUCGCUUGGCCAGGCUCGACAACAUCGAAAUCAACAACAACAAAUUCAACAUGUCGCGUCGAAGAACUACCAUUAAUCCCAAAAGCAGACCUCGAAAACCACAAUUUAGACGGCGGUUUAUGGGUGGUCAUCAACAGUAAAGUCUACGAUAUUCAAGAUUUUCGAUCCGAAGACGCCAACAUUAUCGAAACCCUACAAAAAUACGCCGGGAAAGAUGCAAGCGAUGUCUUUAAUAGUAUCCCGCAUAGUUUGUCGUUGAUGCAAUUAAUGGAAAAUUACGUCGUGGGGAGUUAUUGUCAACCGGAACCGGAUUUACCUCAAACUCCUUUGGAUUGUUUACCAUUUUGUUGUGCUUUAAUCGACACGGAAAGACAUUUGGGUUAUUUAUUGGGUUUGCACGCGCAUUAUCUUAGUGAGAGCUUAUUGCUGCAACAACCAGAAAAGGAUUGUGAGAGUUAUUUGAAUUCCCCCUUUUUAAUCGGUGGCCUACAAAUCAUUGAGCCACCAAAUCCGUUCGAGGAGGAAAAAGGUGAGCGGAGAAGUACAAAUUCUUCGCCGGGAAAUACACCGACUGAACCAAAAAUAGUUUGUGAGAAGGGUAUGAAGAAGUUGCAGAUGCCCGUUGAUGUGAUAAAUUCGUUUAUAACUGCUUUAGCAGAAAGUAGAUUAUCGGAUACUUAUGUAAAAUCGUUUUUGGCUGUGGUCGAGCAACAUUCCAAACAAAAUAAUUUUUUGAGCCAUUCCGAUUUUUCUUUUGAGCACCCAAUAGAAGAGAUUGGACGGGUGCUUUAUGCGAUUUUAAUAAAGCAUUUAGGUUUGGGUUAUGUGUUACUGCCGAUUUUAGAUGCUUAUUUAACCCAACCCACAAUAAAACUUCCAAAACCACUAGCCGAAAUGAUAAAACUAGUACACCAAUCGAAAUGGAACCUAAUAAAAACUCGCCAAGAAUUAAAUUGUAGCUACAAAGAAAUUUGCAUCCCCGCCUUAGAAAAAUGCCGUUUCCUUCUUUACGAUGUCAAACCCGCCGUUAGCGUCGAAACGGAAGCUUACAAGAAUUUCAACGUCCUCUAUCGCGAACCCCGAGUUAAAACGUUGGUUAAGAAAGUGAUUAAACAUUUAAAAUGUGGAAAACACACAUCAGACAUUCAAAAACCGGAAGACAUCGUUAACGCAACCAUCCAAUCUCAAAGCGUUGAGCGGCGAAAAUCAACGGAAGAUGUCGCCCAAAAUCCAAUCAUUAAAAAAUGCGUUUCCGAUGGGAAAUUAUCCGAAACAAAAAAUGAAACUGAUGACGUUAAUAAUGAAAUUAAAAAUGGUGCUGAUAAAGCAGCGGCAGAAAGAGCUAUGUCUGAUUCGUUAUCGUCAAAUUCUAGCAAAAAAUGGAACGUUGAGAAAGUAGUCGAUGAAGGGAAAGAACUCGAGAUGAAAGUUGAAGAUAAAAAAGAUAAAAAAAUCGGUUGUGAAAACUUAACAAAUCUGUUAUUUAAAUUAACAGAGAAGCAAAUGAGAAAAGUUUGUAACGAAAAAGCCUAUUUAAUGAGCGGAAUCUUAGAUUUUGUGGUCCGCGAAAAUUGCGAUGUUGAAACAUUAAAAUGGGCCAUGUAUUGCCAAGUGAAAAGGUGCAGGAUAAGAAAAGAAGGUUUAGAGAUGCUUUUGGGGUUAUUACAAAAAAAAUAUUUAUUAACAUCGACAAGAUAUUUAAUUUUAAACGGAUAUUUAGGUUACUCCUUAUUAAAUAAUCAAGGACUUGGUUUAAAUCAUUGCUUAAAUGACAUCCAGUUGGUCUCGCCAUCAUUAAAAACCGAAAUUUUAAUUCUCCAAUCGUCAAUAAGUGAUUGGUGCAUAACCUCGUUAAGAAAUUAUAUUUUAAAAGAUGCCAAAACGAAACCAAAAUCAACUCAAAAAAUUAAUUCAAACUUAACCACUUAUACACUAUUAAGAGAUAUCCCCAGAACAAGAAUGAUUUUAACAAUUUUAUCGAUUUUAUCGUCAAAUCAUUACGUUUCAUCCGAAUUAAGUGCUUUAAUUAAUUCCGGUGCGAUAAGUUCCGUUUUAACACUUCUCCGUCAAACCGGAUAUUACGAAAAUUGUAAUUCGAAUAUCAGUUCGAAUUUGAACAUUUCAAAUUUAAACAUAGCCUCAAAUAAAUCGGAACUUUACGUUUUAUACGCCGAUAUGGUUGAAGGUGCUAAACAAAAAACGACGGCGCUUCGUGGGCCGGAAUUAGCGGCUUUAAUGAAAUUGGGGACUAAAGUAGUUAGAGGGGUCGAUUGGAAAUGGGCGGAUCAAGAUGGACGACCUCCUGGUGAAGGGAAAGUAAUUGGAACGUUGAGUGAUGAUGGAUGGGUUAGGGUUGAGUGGGCGAAUGGAACCACGAAUAGUUACCGAAUGGGUAAAGAAGGAAAAUAUGAUUUAACUUUAGCUUCUCCACCAUCUCCGGUUUCGUCAGAAACGGAAGUUGAAGAUGGGAUGGUUCCCAUUGAUAAGAUUUCGUUAAAAUCGAGCUCUGAUCACCCAAAUAACCAAUUAAUUAAAAUUUUAAGAGAUAGUUCAGUGAAUUUUUUGAGAAAUGUUACGAUUAGCGCCGGAUUAGCUAAAGAUAAUUUAGAUAAAAACACGAUUCAUGGGUUAUGUAGCUUAUUUUGUACGACUUUGCGAGCCGGAAAUUACGAAUGGUGUGAUUUAACUUUAGUUAGAAGUGUUGCGCAAUCGACGAAGAUAUGUAAACAUUUGAGUACUAGACCAUGGAUUAAUAUGUUAAUCAAUUUUAUUUCCGCCACAAACGUUAAUUUACCCAAACAAAUACUUUCGGUUCGUUUAUUACAAACGAUCCUUCAAUCUUGGAAUAUGGAUAAUUCCGAAAUAACCCCAUUACUCGAAUUAUUAUUAAACAUUUUAGGAAAAAUAAUCCUCACGAAUCUCUACGACAACAACAACUCAAAUUCGAACGAAUUCAAUAAAUUAAAACUAAAAUUAAAGUCGGAAGUUCUUCUCACUCAAUCCCACAGCAGCACUUUAUCCCAAGAAAUAAUUAAUUUAUUAAGAACUUUACAUGGAGUUCUUGGCUGGAAUCAAGUUUUAAACUCAAUUUUAAUCAACAAACUUAAUUUAGCCGCGUAUUUAUUAAGCGAUGAUUGUUUAAUAACAGCUGUUAAUGAUGGUUACACAACAGAUCAACAACAAUACAUGGUUACGUCAUCUUUAAACGUAAUCGGAGCUUGGGAUGUUCGCCCGAGAAUCGGGGCCAUCGUUGAAAUCGAAAACGCCCAAGGUACCAUUGUUAGAGUAACUCAAAAAGGAAAAUUAUGCGUUUUAAUCCACGAAACCGGUGAAAUUCAAAAAAUAACCCUCUCAAGUGUAAAAUUGUCAAACCAAAUUACAUUUAAUUUAGAACGAAUGCCGCUGGGUGAAAAUUUAACAAAAAUUUGGGCUUCUCUUUUAACCACGAAACUGACAACAAUGAAUAAUAACAAUCCCGGGAAAUUAUCUUACGGGCAAAUUAAUUUUAAUUAUUUAAGAACGCAACAAAACUUUUUAAGCGUUUUAAACGCAUCAAAAGUUUUACACACCAACCAAUACAGAUUACGGAAAGUAUUAAAAUUUGCGGUUAAUUCGGUCGAUGAAGAACAACAAUCGAUUGAAGAGGAAUUCAAUCAACAACCGGUUUUGUUAAUACAAAAAUUGUUGGCGAAAGCGACCCAACCAAGUCCGUUGAUGCCGAUUUUUACGCUUGAAGAUAUGCAAUUGGCCGCUUUGAAUUUGAGCCAAUUCUUGGCGGCACAAGCUAAUUGCGAUCGAAAUUCGGGGGAGGGUAAGGCGAGUUCUUCUACUGCAAGGGAUACUUAUGGCGAAAUCGCGACGCCAAAUAGCGAAACUUCCGUUCGAUCCGUUCCUAGCGAUAAACAAUCGAAGAGACGGAGAGAAACGCAAACUGUUGUAAGCCCGAUUGUUGCGCAAAUUAUGGAGAUGGGAUUUACUAGAAAAAGUAUUGAGCAUGCUUUAAAAUGUUUAGGUGUUACAUCUGAAUGUUUGGCUACACCGGAAGUUGUAGUUUCAUGGUUACUGGAACACACAGAAACGGCGAUAUCUGAUAUUGAUUCAAUUAGCAGUUAUUAUAGUUCGGAUGAAGAAUGUUCCGGUCGUGGAGAUGCGGACCAUCGUGCUGUUCCCGAGGAAUAUGGUGCUGAUUGUCUUACAACAAAACCAAUAACAUAUAAAGAACGAGGCGAUUUCUUAUCAAACGAUGAAUACGCAAUGUACGUACGAGACAACGUUGAGGUAGGCAUGUUGGUACGAUGCUGUAAAAGUUAUGAAGAGGUUAAUUGUGGGGACAUUGGAAAAGUAAUAAAAAUAGAUCGAGAAGGGCUUCAUGAUUUAAACUUACAGGUUAAUUGGCAACAUCGAAUAAGCACUUAUUGGCUCCGAUUCAUCCACGUCGAAUUGUUGGGGUAUCCCCCCUCGUUGUUAUCAACCCCGCAAAUUAAAGUUGGCGAUAAAGUACGCGUUAAACCAACCGUUUCAACCCCAAAAUAUAAAUGGGGCUAUAUUACGCACGAUAGCGUUGGGAUUGUACGAGCAAUUUCGUUAAACGGACACGAUCUAACAGUUGACUUCCCAAAACAACCAAAUUGGACCGGAUUAAUAUCAGAAAUGGAAGUUGUCCCUUGUAGUCACGAUGGGAUAAUCUGUCGCGGAUGUUUGAUGUUUCCCAUUAAAGGGAAUCGAUACAAAUGCAAAAUUUGCGAAACUUUCAAUUUUUGCGAAAAUUGUUUUUACACGAAACGAAGUCACCGACAUCCGUUUAAUAUGCUCACUGAUAUUAAUUCUCCAGAAGUUACCGUGGGCAAACCUGGGCGUUAUUAUAAAUAUGAAUUAUGGGAUAAUGAUGGUGUUAUCGUCACGGAGUUUAGUUUAUGCGUGAAUUCGUUUACUGUUUCAUCUAAUCAGAGUAUGGCUCAUUUUGAUGUUCCAGGACGAGUUUGGCAAAGUGCUGGUACUCAAGGAGAGAAAACGAUGGAAAUAACAUACAAACAUUGGAUCCGAUUAGAAAUCUUCUCUGGAAUCAUCAUAAAAUCAUUAAAAAUGAUGGUCGAUCCAGAAGACUCCGACUACAUGCCAUCCAUCGUAAUAGCAAGCGCGGGAGCAUCUUACAAUUCUCUCGUCGAAUUAAAUGUAGUCUACUUCAGAAACAUCGAUAGUUGCGUAACCAUUUUAUCAAACCUCGAUCGGCAUUACCCCUUAAUAGAACUCUCAAUCGUUAAAUGCAAAACACGCGGGAUCGACUGUAAAGUGCACGGAUUAUCAAUUGUGGGUGUCGAUAAAUCUUACUCGAACGGAGCGCGAACUUCCUUUUUAGCAAACGAAUGGAAUCUAAACCAAGAACAUUCUGUCACGAUGCCAAGGAUAAUUCAAGAAGUAAUUGGUGAUAAAAAUUCGGAAGUUUCAAUGCCCGUUUGUAAAGUUUACGUUUGGGGAUUAAACGAUAAAGAUCAAUUGGGUGGAAUGAAAGGAUCGAAAGUGAAACUACCGGUUUAUUCUGAAUUUUUAAGUCAGUUACGUCCGAUUCAUAUCGCCGGGGGUUCAAAAUCGCUUUUUAUCGUAUCCCAAGAAGGUAAAUUAUAUGCUUGUGGUGAAGGUACAAAUGGAAGGCUUGGAUUGGGACACAAUAAUAACGUUUCUUUACCUCGACCUUUACCCUUUUUAAGUCAAUACGUCAUCAAAAAAGUCGCCAUUCAUUCCGGGGGGAAACACGCGAUGGCGUUAACUUUGGAUGGAAAAAUUUUUUCAUGGGGCGAAGGUGAAGAUGGUAAAUUGGGACAUGGAAAUCGAUUAAAUUUGGAUAAACCCAAAUUAAUUGAAGCGCUAAGAAGUAAAAGGGUUCGUGAUAUCGCUUGCGGAAGUUCACAUUCCGCGGCGAUAACAAGUAAUGGGGAGUUGUAUACUUGGGGAUUGGGUGAAUACGGAAGAUUAGGACAUGGAGAUAAUUUAACGCAAUUAAAACCGAAACUUGUAAAAGCAUUACAAGGUCAUCGAAUUAUUCAGGUUGCGUGUGGGAGUCGAGAUGCUCAAACUUUAGCGCUUUCCGAUGCUGGUAUGGUGUUUUCUUGGGGGGAUGGGGAUUUUGGAAAGUUGGGGCGAGGUGGAAGUGAAGGUUGUAAUGUCCCUCAAAACAUUGAGAGAUUAAAUUCAUUAAAUGUGAUCCAAAUUGAAUGUGGCGCGCAGUUUUCGUUGGCUUUAACUAAAGCGGGAGAGAUUUGGACGUGGGGAAAAGGUGAUUAUUUCCGUUUGGGGCAUGGAUCUGAUCAACACGUUCGAAAACCAACCAUGAUUGAAGCGUUGGAGGGUCAAAAAGUCGUCCACGUUUCCGUUGGGGCUUUACAUUGCCUUGCUGUUACAGCAAAUGGACAAGUUUACGCGUGGGGUGAUAACGACCAUGGUCAACAAGGCAAUGGAACAACAGUUGUUAAUCGAAAACCGGCUUUGGUGCAAGGACUCGAAGGUAUUUCAAUAAAUAAAGUCGCUUGUGGAAGUUCGCAUUCAGUCGCUUGGUAUUUACAAGACAUCCAAACGGUUACCAGGCAAGAUCCGGUUUUAUUUCCGGUUACGAAAGAUCCGUUAGGUGCUUCUGGUUUGGGUUUAUACGAUGACGAAAAACCGAUUGGACGCGAUUGGUUAUCGUCGAAUAAACCAUCACUAAGUUCAAUUGUGAUGUCGCUGGAGAGUAACGCAGAGAAACAACAAGCUCUAACUCACAUUUUAAACGCGAUGCAAAUACAACAAUUACGACAAGGUGUUGUAAAAGCUUUAUGCAGCCACACAAACAUCGGGGGAUUAACCAAAGGAAGUUGUGACGGAAGUAUGGAUUCGACCGUUUCAACUUUGAUGCCGGGUCAGAAGAAUAGGGAUCACGAAAUUGCCUUUGGCGGCGGGGAAGCCCCGGCUUCUUUAACCGAAAUUCAAGGAUUAGGAAGUCAUCAAACAACACCUGAGAGUGAAGAAAAUCCUUUGGCGUUGAUCCAAUCAAUGACGGCGAGCAGUUGUUCCGCGAGUUUAUCAUCGAAACAGUCGAAAAUUUCCACAAAUGCUAUGUCAGUGAUUGCAGCGACUUUAACAUCUCAUGCUGAGGUUGUGGGAGAUAGUGAAGUGUCUGGUUUGGAUGAAUUUACAAGUUUAUUAACGGAAUCUGACGCGCGAUUCUUGGUGGAUUUAUUAAAAUUAGCGAUCGCUGAACGUAUCGAAGAUGAUCAAGCCAAACAUAUUUUAUCAACUAUACUUAUAACAAUGGGUAUUUCAAUUAGAUCAGUGGCAGAAAUGCUUCUAGAACUUUGCGUAACCGAACUUGAAGACACCGUGAGCACCACUCAUUCAGUACCAUACACCCCGCGCCCCGUCGUCCAAGAAUCCAAUCACCCGUACAUCGAUGACGUCAAUUUAAGAGACAAUUUCAUUUGCAUAUUAGGCCACGUGAAGAUCCCCGGUGCAGACGCACUCCGCAUCGAAUUCGAUCGACGUUGCUCAACAGAAAAACGUCACGACCCAUUAACCAUCGUUGAUGGCACUGGAAAAUUGGUUGCUACAAAAUCUGGACGUGAAUGGUCCGAUUGGUCGGGUGAUUUAAAUAUUCCUGGGGAUGAGAUUCGAUGGUCUUUCACCAGUGAUAGUACCGUAAAUGGAUGGGGGUGGAGAUUUACGGUUUAUCCGAUAGUCGCAAAUACGAAUCCAAAAGAACUUGGUUGUGAUCGAGCGAUUUUGAGUCAACCCUCCAUUGAUAUGGUGAUUUGUUUGUUGGAUCGGCGGUUGUAUGGAGCUGCAGAUACUUCGUUAAUGUCAAGAUUAGCGAUUGCUUUGGCUUCGUGUUCUCAACUAAGCUUUUUAUCUGCUAAUCAACGUAUGUGGGCUUUAAAAACACUCCACGAACUCCUAAUAUCAAACGACGCAUCAAAAUUCGGUAUGGGUAUCACUCAAGUGAGAAACCCCGAUAGUCCCUUAGCCAAUUUACUCGAAGAAUUACCCCAAGCUUUACUUCGCCAAUACGAAUACGAAGACGUUUCAGUUCGAGCCGGACUCCAUUUGAUGCAUUCGGAUUUUUUCAAAGUACUAGUUGCGUUGAGCUGUGAUUUGGCAAUAGACGAAACGAUCGCUCACUCCGACAAUCGGAAGUGGUUAUGGUUUAAGCGUUAUUGUUAUGCUGCGAGAGUUGCAAAAGCUUUAAUUACGAGGACGUUGUUUCCGCGGAAUUUUGUUAUGGAGGUUAGAAAAAAAUUGGUGGAGGAAACGGAAGCUGAUACUGAUGAGAUAUGGGAACAUGAACGCCAUGAUAUUUUUAAGAAAGAACAUGACGAACAACUUUUAAUAUGGCUUAAUAGAAAACCAGAAGAUUGGACGUUAUCUUGGGGCGGUUCAGGGACCAUUUAUGGUUGGGGCCAUAAUCAUCGAGGUCAAUUAGGCGGUAUUGAAGGAGCGAAAGUGAAAUGCCCCACGCCGUGUGAAGCGUUAUCGAGUUUGAGACCGGUUCAAAUUUUAGGGGGAGAACAAACUCUAAUUGCUGUUACUGCCGAUGGAAAAGUUUAUACAACAGGCUUUGGCGCUGGUGGAAGAUUAGGUUUAGGUGGAACCGAUUCAGUUUUAGUGCCAACAUUAAUCGAAUCGAUACAACACGUGUUCAUUAAAAAAGUUGCCGUAAACUCUGGCGGUAAACAUUGCUUGGCUUUAUCGGCCGACAACGACGUGUAUUCUUGGGGAGAAGGCGACGAUGGCAAAUUAGGACAUGGCAAUAAAAAAGAUUAUGAUCGGCCGAAAGUUAUUGAAGCACUUCAAGGUUAUGAAAUUGUAGACAUCGCAUGCGGCGGUGCGCAUUCUGCCGCUAUCACCAGUUCAGGGCAGUUAUUUACUUGGGGUAAAGGUCGUUAUGGGCGAUUAGGACAUGGAGAUAGUGAAGAUCAAACUAAACCAAAAUUAGUUGAAGCUUUAAUUGGUUAUCGUGUUAUUGACGUAGCAUGUGGUUCCGGAGAUGCUCAAACUUUAUGCAUCACCGACGACGACAACGUUUGGUCUUGGGGAGAUGGGGAUUACGGAAAAUUGGGCAGGGGAGGUUCCGAUGGAUGUAAGGUACCGACGAAGAUCGAAAGCCUAGCCGGUCUAGGUGUUAUCAAAGUUGAAUGCGGAUCACAAUUUUCCGUCGCAUUAACUAGAUCAGGAAGUGUUUAUACAUGGGGUAAAGGUGAUUACCACCGUUUAGGUCAUGGUCCAGACGACCACGUUCGCAGACCACGCAAAGUAGCCGCACUCCAAGGUAAAAAAAUAAUCAGCAUCGCAACCGGAUCCCUUCAUUGCGUUGCGUGUUCGGACGAAGGCGAAGUUUUCACUUGGGGUGAUAACGACGAGGGUCAACUUGGUGAUGGCACCACGAACGCAAUACAACGUCCACGAUUAGUCCAAGCGCUUCAAGGAAAAAAAAUCACCAACGUCGCAUGCGGUUCCGCCCACACUUUAGCAUGGUCAACGAAUAAUCCUUCCGGUUGCGGCGCCCGUUUACCCACUCAAGUUCCGGUUGAGUACGAUUUACUCCGCGAUAUACCAGCGGUAACGCUACAUCGGCGGUUGGUGCUCCUGCAUCAUUUUUCGGAGAUUUUUUGUCCUUGUAUCGGAAUGUUCCCGAUUGAUGGUCCGGGAUCUUUACACGAAUUGAGGAAUCAAUUGAUUUAUAAUAUUAAAGAGGCGACCUUUAGGAAGGUGGUGCAAGCUACGAUGGUUCGAGAUAAACAACAUGGACCUGUUAUUGAAUUGAAUCGGAUUCAGGUGAAGAGGUCGCGAUCGAGGGGUGGUUUAGCGGGGGUUGAUGGAAUGAAAUCAGUUUUUGGUCAAAUGGUUAGUAAAUUGACGUUAUUAACAACGGAGGCUUUAUCGUUGCCGCAUCGAGUAUGGAAAGUUAAAUUUGUUGGUGAAAGUGUGGAUGAUUGUGGUGGUGGUUAUAGCGAAAGCAUCGCUGAAAUGUGCGACGAGCUCCAAAACGGCUCCCUUCCCCUAUUAAUCCCAACCCCUAAUGGACGAGAUGAAGCUGGAACAAACCGAGAUUGCUACCUUUUAAAUCCAUCUUCAAAAUCCUGCCUCCACUUAAAUAUGUUCCGAUUCUUAGGCGUUCUAAUGGGAAUUGCAAUCCGAACUGGUUCACCCCUUAGUUUAAAUUUAGCGGAAGCCGUCUGGAAGCAAUUAUCUGGGAUGGAUUUGACACCGGGCGAUUUAACGGAAGUCGACCGCGAUUACGUGCCUGGUUUACUCUGUAUUAGAGAUAUGACGGCUGAUGAAAGAUUGUUUCAAAAUUUGGAGAUGCCGUUUUCGACGCCGUCUGCAUGUGGAAUUGAUGUCCCGUUAAGUAAUCGUUAUAAAAGGAUCACGCACGAGAAUCGAUUGGAGUAUGUAAAAUUAGCGCUGCAAUUUCGAUUGCGGGAAUUUGAUGAGCAAGUUCGCGCCGUUCGUGAUGGAAUGUCGAAGGUUGUUCCUGUACCACUUUUAUCGUUGUUUAGUGCGUAUGAAUUGGAAACGAUGGUUUGUGGGUCACCGGAUAUUCCUUUAACGUUGAUGAAAUCGGUGGCUACUUAUAAAGGAAUUGAUAGUUCGGCUUCGUUAAUACAUUGGUUUUGGGAGGUUAUGGAAGAAUUUUCAAAUCAAGAGCGAUCGUUAUUUUUGCGAUUCGUUUGGGGGCGAACCCGAUUACCUAGAACAAUCGCCGAUUUUCGCGGUAGAGAUUUCGUUAUUCAAGUUUUGGAUAAAUACAACCCCCCCGAUCACUUUCUACCAGAGAGUUACACUUGUUUCUUCUUAUUGAAGAUGCCCAGAUAUUCCUGUAAGCAUGUUUUACAAGAAAAAUUGAAAUACGCAAUACACUUUUGCAAGUCAAUAGAUACGGAUGAAUACGCCCGUGUGGCGAUGGCCGGCGAUUUAGCGGUGAGUUCAAGCUCGGAUGCUGAUAGUGAUCCCGAUAUGGAUAGCACAGCUGAUCAGGAAAUGUAAAGAACGACGACGACGCCCGUCCCUUAACAACGCGUUCAUAAAACUUUCUCUUCUCUUUAAUUCCAAAGUAGAAAUCGUUCCGCUCGUUAUCAAUCUUGUUCUCGAAUUGAAAAGAAGAACGUUUAUUAUUAUUAUUAUUUAUUUCUCAUUGUUUCUUUAUAUCUAUUAUUUUCUUAUUUUUUGUUGUGCAAAAAUGUCAAAAAAAAAUUAAAAUCUUUUUGUAAUUUAAGUCUUUUUGUGUUGUUGUUAGAAAAAUUAAUUA